AUGGCGGAUAUUGACACACAUUCGUCGUCGUCCUCGGACGGCGGUGGCGACGUGUUCCUCUCGCCGCGGUCGUCCGUGGCCAGCAAACGCAGUGUACAAUCAGUACCUACGGUGCAGGAGGACAGCAACAAUCAACCCGAGAGGGAGCCCCACGACUUCGAAGACGUAAGACGCAGCACUAUGAGUCGCCGCGAGACGUGGAUCGGUGAAGGUCUGAUCGACGCAAGCGGCCUCGAGGCCAUCGACCGUCUCAGUGAUGAGGCCUACGCUGAAAUCGUCCAGGAGUCACAUGCCAUUCGGCGUGACGGUCCGUCGUUGGAAUCGGACGCCAAAGCCACUAAACUCAGCGAAUUUCUUAGUAAAACAUACCCGGCCGAGAACGGCGACGUGUCCAAGAAAGCAACGCACCGUCGUCGCAAGCUACUCGACUUCUUGGCCAACGACGUGGGCGAGAGUUACCUCAACGGCGUCUACAAAGAAGAGGAGCGUGCGGCCGGCGAAGACGAAAGCGGUUUGGAUGAGCUCGUCUGCGAUAGCGACGACGAGCCUAGAUUCGAGGACUCGUACACGCGCAGCAACCGCUCGGCGCGGGCUAACGACCGGCUUCAAGCCUUCCUAGCCCAUGAGCGGAAGGGCAAGCACCACAGUAGCAACGGCCACCAAGCGGCUCAUGCACCUCCGCCAUCCACCGAGCCACGCAACAAAUUCGUGACCAAAGUGGUGCCUCACAAGUCGCGUAUGAUGCUGUUCAACCCCGACGAAGUAGACUCCACACAACUCAGCCAAAUGGUAGCUGAGGAGGCCGAACGCAAGCAGAAGGCGCGUGCUGACAAGGAGAUCGCGCGUCAGAAGGUGCGACAGUUCCUGCUUGAAGAGGAACAAGAACACGCCAAGCGCAAAGGAUCGGGCAAUGACGCGACUAUCAAAUCUGUAGACGAAUCCACUGUACGUCGAGAGACGGUGGUGGACGACUACGGAAAGGUUAACCUCUUAGAUUACCUCGAUCGCGUAGCCGACGAUGGCCACCGUAGCCGCAACGGCGGCAGUGUGCCGUCCGAGAUGGAUGACUCCAGUCCACCGAGCGAUGCGUCGUCUCCUCGGUCCGUUGCGUCUUCACUUGAGGCAGACACUAGCACGCCCUUCACACAGGGAGACGAUGUGUCACCCCCAACGUCCAACGCCUUGUCGGGUAUGGGCAGUCGCUUUGCUCAGUUCCUGCAUCGUGGCCCGUCGAACGGAACUGAGGACAGCCACACGCCACGUUCUCGUCGUCUGAUGCCGCCGUCGCCGUUCCAUCCCAAGUCGAGUGAGAAGAUGAGUCUGGAGGCCGCUUUCCACGCUACCAAGAUACCUGAAUCGCCUGCGCCGGCUGUCUACGGUGUGGCUUCUGCGCGUAUGACGCCGCUGCUGGCCACGAUGGACCAGAUCGCGCACACGUGCCAGAAGAACGAGCUGUCGGAGGUGUCCAUCGCGCGUAUUUCGACUUUAUUGACGUCCAUCAACCAGAUCGUACGUGACGACAUUCAGAAACACCGCGGCCAGCCGAACCGGGUCGUUCGUCGACUGUCCGGCGCUCACUGGGUCAAGAGCGAACAAGAACAAGAGAAACCGCACCGAGCGCCGAUGCCUCCGAAGCCAGAAAUCCCGCGUGAACCUGCUCCGGUCAUGUCUGUCUCUGCAACCGUGGACACUGCCAAGAUCAAGGCUGGACCGGGUGUGUUGAACGCGUUCAAGGCGUUUGAUGCAGCUCAGAACCUGAUUGAAACGCUCUCGAGCUUCAACAAGCUUCUCACGGAGUGUGGACUCAACGGUGUCAAAGUGGACGAGCCAUGGCGCGUGUACAACCACAUCAAGUCGGGCGUGUACAGCAAACUGGGAUUCCGUCACAAACAGCUCUUCAAGCUACUGGAUGCGCGCUUCAACAUGGACGUAUACAAGCGCAAACCUGCUGCCAAGAAGCGCGUGUGUAUUAUCGGAGCUGGACCCGUGGGUCUUCGUGCUGCUGUGGAGACUGCACUGCUUGGUGGCCAAGUGGUGGUCUUGGAGAAGCGCAAACACUUCAGUCGAGAGAACAUUUUGCAUCUGUGGCCGUGGGUGGUGCAGGACUUGACGGCGCUUGGAGCGAAGGUCUUCUUCCCAUCGUUCUGCCACUCAACUGCGUACUUCCACGUCGGUACGCGUCAACUUCAGCUUAUUCUACUUAAGGUGGCGCUGCUUGUUGGUGUGACAGUCUACUCGUCAACAGCGUUUGAAGCGGUGAUUUCCCCCAACUCGGAGGAGAGCGACAACAAGCCGUUCUACACUGUAGCCACGCAGCCACAGAUCCCGUGGAUGGAGUUCACGGCAGUAAUUGGAGCCUCCGGUACCAACGACAAGUUGGCUGAACCUGCCGGUAUCAACCGGUUCGUGUUCAGUCGCAAGGAAGCGCUGGGUAUCGUCUGCUACUUCCCGAACCUCGGCACAACUGAAGAGAAGAAGGUGACGGAGUUCUCGUGGACGAUCCAGUUCAAACAACAAAUGUUUGCCAAGAUGCGCGAGAUCGGCGUUGAUCUGGAGAAUAUCGUGUAUUACCGUGGCGAAAUGCACUAUAUCGUCAUGACUCCGAAGCGUCAGAACUUGCUGGAGCAGAAGGUUCUUAAGGCGAAUUACCCGGAGCCACGGGACUUGGUGCAGGACGACAAUAUCAACAAGGGUACGCUGCAUGACUACGUUAAGCGGAUCGUGGCGUUCCUGGGGAUCCCGAAGAAGGCCGAGUUCUCGCGUAUCCGAAUGUUCGACUUCAGCUCGCGCACUCGCGCUGACAAGGCCGCGAGUAUCCUCACAUCUCAUGGCAAGAAGCUCUACGUUGGUCUCAUUGGUGACUCAUUGAUUGAGCCGUUCUGGCCUGAGGGUGUUGGAACCUGCCGUGGUUUCCUCGGUGCACUCGAUGGCGUGUGGAUGGUGGCCCAGAUCGGCAAGAAGACGGACGAACAAUUACUGGCCGAUCGAGAAAUGGCUUAUCGGGUUAUUCAGCACGUGUCGGGCUUCCGUCGCGAUGACUUGCAGAAGAAUGUGCGGAAGUACACGGUCGACCCCAAGUCGCGCUACACGGUCAAGUUCCCGCAGCUGUGUUAA